AUGGCUUUGGGAUCUCCUAAGGUUUCUAUAUUUGCGGCUGGGUUUCCUCGGAAAGUGUCUACGAUUGCAAUUGCUAUCGGCGGAUUGGCAUCGUUCUUUGUUUUCGGAUUGUUGCUUCGUCUUUCGUAUCCAAACAGUUCCUCAGUUGGUAGCUUAUUCUAUGGAAUAGGGACUCCUGAGCAAGUUGAGUUCCCUUUAUCCUCGAGCAGCCGUGCCGUAGAAGGUCUUCACGCGAGUAGCGAGAUCAGUACUUCAGAUAACAACCUGACUUCUCAUUCUAGCUCAGGCUCGUCAGAUGUUGUUAACACAAGCAUACCACCACCGCCGGAUUUUGAUAGUGAUAGGACGGUGGAGAAACCUUUGACAAAAGAGAAAGAGGAUACGGUUUCUUCGGAUACUAGUGAGAAAACUGAUGUUGGAUCAGCUGAAGGUUCCAAGGGUGGAGAUACUCCAAGCACAUCAUCUCCUCCACAUGAUGACUCUGAAACUGCUGAGUCAGAAACAGAGUGUGAUUUGUAUCAAGGUAGCUGGUUUUAUGAUCCUGCGGGACCUGUGUACACGAACAACACAUGCCCCGUCCUGACGCAGAUGCAGAACUGCCAGGGCAAUGGAAGACCUGACAAGGGAUAUGAGAACUGGAGAUGGAAACCGUCUCAGUGUGACCUUCCUCGAUUUGAUCCCAGGAAGUUUCUUGAGCUAAUGAGAGGCAAGACACUGGCCUUUAUAGGAGAUUCAGUAGCUCGUAACCAGAUGGAGUCCAUGCUGUGCCUUCUUUGGCAGGUUGAAACACCGGUCAAUCGUGGGAGCAGAAAGAUGCAGAGAUGGUAUUUCAAGUCAUCAUCAGUAAUGAUUGCACGUAUCUGGUCAUCUUGGCUCGUCCAUCAGUUCAACGAGAAAUUCGAUUACGCUCCUGAAGGUGUCACCAAACUAAACUUGGACCUUCCCGAUGAGCGGAUAAUGGAAGCUCUCCCGAAAUUCGACGUUGUCGUCCUCUCAUCAGGGCACUGGUUUGCUAAGCAGUCUGUCUACAUAUUGAAAGACGAGAUCGUUGGAGGGCAGUUAUGGUGGCCAGACAAAUCAAAACCCAUGAAAGUCAAUAACGUGGAAGCAUUCGGGAUAUCGGUUGAAACCAUCCUAAAUUCCAUGGCCACACACCCGAACUACAAAGGCUUGACCAUUGUGAGAACGUGGUCACCUGAUCACUACGAGGGCGGUGCUUGGAACACGGGUGGUUCGUGCACGGGGAAAGAAGAACCGGUCCAACCCGGGAAGCUGAUGAAAAACGGCUUCACGGAGAUAAUGCACGAGAAGCAAGCGACGGGGUUUCACCGAGCCGUGGAUGGAGUCGCUGAUAGCUUGAAGCUUAAGCUAAAGCUGAUGGAUAUCACAGAGGCUUUUGGAUAUCGCCAUGAUGGUCAUCCUGGUCCGUACAGGAGUCCUGAUCCGAACAAGAUCACUAAGAGAGGACCCGAUGGACGACCUCCGCCUCAGGACUGCUUGCACUGGUGCAUGCCGGGACCGGUCGAUACGUGGAACGAAAUGGUCUUGGAGAUCAUAAGGAGAGACCUUGAGCGCAGGACAAGUAAUAGCUCAUAA